AUGGUGAGCGGGAAAAGGGGCUGGAGCGCGGGUCAGAGCCCGGGUGCCACCUCCACCCUCGUCCCACACGGCUCCUUCUCGGCGCUGCUGGUUCUUCUCCUGGUGCCGGCGCCGCUCCGGGUGAUCCUCCUGCUCCUCUUCCUGGUUUCCAGCGCCCUUGGAAUGCCGGAGCUCUCUGCCCUCCUGGUCCUUGCUGUGGCAGGACGGUGGCUGGUGGCAUCCAGAGGGAUCCGGCCGGGGUUUUCCCGGGAAAAAGGCCAUCACCGGCUCACCUCCACCCCGGAGAGGGAAUGCGACCUGGAGCUGCUGCAGGAGGAGCUGGACAGGCUGCAGAUGAGCUGCGUGCGAGAGCCCUCGAACCCGGAGCAGCCCCAGGAGGUGGCCAAGGACGUUCCUGGCGCCGUGGGAUGGGAGUCACCCGUUCCUGGUGGCCGGAGGAUGAGGCAGAGCUCGGGUGGGGCGAUGCCGGAGCCGCUCACGGACACCGGGAAGCACCGGGAGCCCAAACCCUUCAUCCCGAGGGCCACCACGUCCCCGUUGUCCCCGCGUUCCCUGUGCCGGGCGCUCACCAGGGCUGGGCAGCGAUGCCGGAAGAAAGGAAUUCCCGGGAAGGACUUGUGCCACAUCCACGCCUCCGGCAGCAGCUUGGCCACGGAUUCAUCCCCUGCUUUUGACCCUCCACCUCCUCCCUGAGGGGUUUG